AUGCUCGGGAACAUUUUGCUGUUGAGUGCUGUUAUUGCUGUUUAUGUGUCGGCCGAACGACCUAAACUAAAAGAUAGUACCGGAGCUUUUUUGGUGAAAAUCAGUGACAUACCGGUUGGUUCAUGCGGUUCAGAUUCAUAUUUCGGUUUGGGUAUGAUGAAUGGCAGUUUGGAAGAGUGUGAAAGGUGGCAGCUUACCGAUCCGGUGGCGGUACGAGAAUACGAGGAGUAUAAAUGCAAACAUCUUCGAGGGUUCGUUCCUGUAAGUAUUUUGGAUUCACCUCCAAUUACUGUUAGAAAAUGGAGGGGACCAGGACGCACACAUGGGCGUAGUUGCGUGACCAUGAAUAUGUCCUUUUUCCAGUAA